GGCAAGGCAGUUGCACAAUGCUCUCAGUUCUGGAUAACCCAUUUCACUGCAAACCCAGUAUGAAGCUCGUUAUCUUGAUUGCGGUAUCAGCAGUAGCAGCUGGCGAUGCCCUGCCAUCGACAUUCUUUGAAAAGGCAGUGGGCUCGGGCAAUCGGAUCAUCGGUGGUAGGAAUGCAACAAUCGAGGAAGUUCCGUACCAGAUCAGUCUUCAGUACACCAACACUCACAACUGCGGUGGCAGCAUCAUCUCGAAGGACUGGGUAGUGACAGCUGGCCACUGCGUCGGUGGCUCGGCAGCUUACUACUCUGUCCAUGCUGGUUCUUCAUUCCACAAUAGAAAUGGAACGAGACAUAACGCAACCCGAAUUGUGAGACACCAGGCUUACAAUAUAACUGAUGCUGGGAUUCCAGUUUACGACAUUGCGCUGGUCCGAGUGUCUCCGCCAUUCGUCUUCAACAGCAACCACCAGUCAGUGAAGCUGUUUGGCCUUGGGGAGCCAGCUCCUGCCAAUGCCACGAGCACCAUCACCGGUUGGGGUCGGACUGAGAACGGAACGGCUAAGAUUCUUCAGCUUGUGACUAUUCCCAUCGUUUCCAAAACUGCUUGCGACGAGAGUUAUCAGGGAUAUGGUGGUAUUCCUGAUGGACAAAUCUGCGCUGCCUACCCUCAAGGAGGCAAAGACUCCUGCCAAGGUGACUCCGGAGGUCCAUUGACUAUUGGCGGACGUCUUGCUGGAAUUGUUUCGUGGGGAUAUGGCUGUGCUGUCGCAGGAAAUCCUGGAGUUUACACCGAAAUCGCUGCCUAUCGCUUUUGGAUCAAGUCUAUUACUGGGGUUUAAUCCAUUCUAAUUAAUUUCUCUUCGAUGUAAUUGUUGUGAUGAAAUACAGGGAGAUGUUAAAGAAA